UCACCUCCUGCCUUCCCGGUAUUGGACUUCAAUGUGUCUGGACGUUGGACCGUCCCAUCUGGAGAUCUCGUACUAGAGUGUGAAACGCGCAGAAGAGAUUCUUUCUCUUUACAGCCACAGCCUUGCCCGCCGGUCAUGACUGUAAGGGCGCGAGAUUAGAGAUUAGGGCUUUCUCUCGGAGGUGGAGCAAAGCUUCUUAUCUGCUGCACACGCUGGGAAAGGCAGACACGGAGCCCGCGGAACGCAGAAAUGCGCUUCUUCCUCAUUCUCGGGUUUGUGGCGUCCUGCAACGCACAGCAGGAGCCCCUGGUGAAUCGCUGCGAUGUCCCACGCACACUCAGCGUCUCCACCCUGUGCACCGGCUGUGCCGCAUCUCCAACUGCACCGUGUCCCAAGGGCUACAGAAAGGCCACCGCGGGCAUGGGGAAAGCUGACUGCAGAUACACCGUCGAUAUCGCCGGGCGACUCGUCUCCCUCCCUGGCUGCAGACACGUCUGUGAAAAGGAGGUGACGGAUCACAGGUGUUGCCCUAACUUCUGGGGUCCAUUGUGUUUGCCCUGUCCCAACUGGGACUAUAGACCAUGUAACUGGCACGGUACCUGCACGUCUGGAAAUGCAGGGAAUGGAACCUGCGUCUGUGAUGAGGGAUUCGCUGGGGUUGCGUGCCAUGAGUGUAAGGAUAAGAACGCUUACGGUGAAAACUGCCAAUCAAAGUGUAGCUGUGUGAACGGUGUGUGUGACGGCGGUCCAAGCGGUAAAGGGGAAUGCCUAUGUCAGCCUCCUUACUCUGGACCCAAGUGUGACCACGCGACUGCCUCCUGCUCAAACUGCACCGCCUACUCCUACUGCAAAGGGGAAGGAAGCCAGGCAACCUGCACAUGUCUGCCGGGGUUUCAGAAAGUGGGACGCAUUUGCUCAGGUAUUUGCUCCAAGAAUAUCUGUGAUGUGAAUGCCGAAUGCACAUAUUUGGGAGGGAGGAAUUUUCAGUGCAAGUGCAAGGCAGGCUACGAGGGAGACGGUAAAGUCUGCAGCCCUGUGAACCCCUGUUCCACUAACCGGGGGGGCUGUCCCGCCAACUCCACCGUCUGCGUGUACACCGGCCCAGGGAAGUCUCGCUGCGAGUGCAUGGAGGGCAUGGAGGGCCAGACUCCGCAGCUGGGCUGCCGUCUGAAGUCCGCCUGUGCAGAGGGAACCUGCGACCGGACCGCACUCUGCGACACGGACCUGAGGGGGCAGCCCAGGUGUCUCUGUGAUAAACAGCAGAUUGGCGAUGGCCGACGUUGUUAUGGCAACAUCAUGGAGCGAGUCUUGGAGCUGGAUGAAGACGGAGAUCUUGCGGGAAAGCUGACUGGAUCUGUCACGCUUUUCGAAAAGGGCUGCAUGCUCACUUUGAGCAGAUAUGGGCCUUUCACGGUUCUCCUCCCUCUUCUCAAGGUGCCACUGUCAGGCAUCUCAGAACGAUUCUUGUGUAAGCAACACCUCAUCCAGGGCCAGCAUCUUUACAAAGAUUUGCAGAGCAAUGACUUCUGGACAUUGGGUGGCAUGGCAGUUAGAUUCAAAGGCAACAAGAAACUCAUCUUAAUGAAAGAUCCCGACACAUCGUACUCAAUUAUCCAUAGUGACAUUGCAGCAGCCAAUGGGAUCAUCCACAUUAUUGAUUCGCCGAUCACAAAUGUACACCCUGUCAAUUCUGGCAAUGAGCAGCAUAUCAAUAAGACCAUUGGAGAAAUCAUUGCACAGGAUCCAAAAUACAACAGAUUUCUGUCACUGGUGGAUAACUGUGGGGCGCCCCUGCCUUUACGGGGUAAUGGGCCUCUCACGGUGUUUAUCCCCACCAACAGCGGCAUCGACCGCUUCCGCGACGGCAGCCUGAUGUUCAUGCUGACGCACGCCAAACACAAGCUCCAGGAGCUGCUGAAACACCACGUCUUCUCCCAGGCAGCGAUCACAGUGGAUCAAGUCGCUAGCAUGUCUCGGAUUGAAACAAUGGCCAAUCAGGUUGUGGGAGUCAAUGUCACCUACGAUGGAAAAAUAUUGCUUGGAGAGAAAGGGAUACUUUUGGAAACCACAGACAUCAUCGCAUCCAAUGGGAUCAUUCAUACAAUUGACGGUGUUCUAGUUCCACCCUCCAUCCUUCCCAUCCUGCCUCACAGGUGUGAUGUCAACGAGAGCAAGAUCACCGUGGCUCCGUGUGUGAUGUGCCACUACCUGCACGAGACGGAUUGCCCACCUGGAAGCGUAGAACUGGACACUCAUUCGCGGGGCUGUAGUUAUCUGCCUUCCCCCGUGAGCGUGUUCCAGCUCGCCAACGGCUGUGCCAAGUACUGCAACCUCACGCAACCGAGGGCGGAGUGCUGUCGGGGCUUCUUCGGGCCGGACUGCAAGCCCUGCAUCGGGGGAUUCCAGCAGCCCUGCUACGGCAAAGGGACUUGCUUCGACGGCAUUCACGGGAACGGCACGUGCCUCUGCAGCCCGCGGUUCACGGGCGUGGCGUGUCACAUCUGCUCCGAGGCCAACAAGCACGGGGAGAAGUGCGAUGAGGACUGCCGUUGUGUUCACGGCGUUUGUGACAACAGACCCGGCAGUGCAGGGAAGUGCAGGCUGGGGAGUUGCCAGGCGGGAUAUUCCAGCGACUUCUGUGACAAGAUGGCGAAGCCCUGCGACUCGGACGGCACAUUCGAACACUGCCACAUCAACGCCUACUGCACGUUCGAAGGGGACUACACAAAGUGUGUGUGCCUGUCCGGGUACGAGGGGGAUGGGCACUCCUGCACCGCGGUCAACCCCUGCCUGGGUCCCAGCCGGGGCGGCUGCCACGCCCUGGCUGAGUGUGUGUACGUCGGCCCGGCUAAUGUGUCCUGUGUCUGCAAUAAAGGCUGGACUGGAGACGGGCUGGUGUGUGCUGAGAUAGACAACUGUCUCCUAGAGACCCGCGGUGGCUGCCAUAGCAACGCCACCUGCACAUUUAUAGGACCUGGACAGAAUGAGUGCAUGUGUAAGCCCGGGUAUAUGGGAGAUGGCCAAAUGUGUGACAGGAUCAACCCUUGCAGGGCGAACGGAGGCUGCCAUAGAAUGGCCAGGUGUGAAGUGGUGGGGGACGGGCGUGUCUGCACGUGCCCCGAGGGUUUUGCGGGCGAUGGGCUCCUCUGCUAUGGCACCCUAAUGGAGGAACUGGACGGCAACUGGGACUAUUACACCUUUAACGCCAUGCUGCAGAAACUCCCCUCUUUGGGCCUCAGAGAGAAUAUAACGGCGCUGGUGCCUGUCGGAAGAGCUCUACAAAAGUUUAAAUUAAAUGAAAUUGAUUUCUGGAAGAAUCCAUACGUGCUGCCGCACCUAUUAAAAGCACACUUUUUGGUUGGUAUAUUCACCUUGGAGGACCUGAAGCAGCAUUUCAACGAAGAAUUGGUGACGCUCAACCCGGGGACCAAAUGGGAAAUAAAGAACAAUAGCGGGGAGGUCAUGAUCCAGAAUGCUACAAUCAUCACUCCAGACAUUCCCGUGGUGAACGGUUAUAUCCACAUCAUCAAUCAGGUUCUGAAGCCACCUCUCUCGGACAUCCCUCCUCUCCCGCCGACUCUGAUGGAGUUCCUGAACGGCACCUCUGCUUUCAGCCUCUUCCGACGCGCCGCUCUGGCUUAUAACCUGACCGGCAACAUCUACAAUAAAGAUUAUACUGUUCUCUUGCCAACUGACGAGGCCAUCAAGGAGCAUUUGCAAGCAACAAAUUCUACAGAACUGGGUGAAGAGCUAUUCAAAUAUCACAUAAUCAUCGAUGAGCGUGUCUUUCCAGACCAUUUCGACCAUGGUAUGGUGAAAAACACAUUGCUUGGAUCUUCCUUCCAGAUUUUUUUUCACUUUAACCAUGAAAAUAAGACGCUGGCCAACGAAGUUAUUCUGAGCGGAAAUUUCAGUGAAACCUUUAAAGGGGUUGUGAUCCGCAUUCCACGCGUUUUAGAACUGCACAAAAAUCGUUGCAACACAGAAAUAAUGUUAAGAGCUGCGGGGUAUUGUACUGGCUGUGAUUCAAAGCCAAGAUGUCCCUACAGACAUCAAUCCGUUCUGGCUGAAUUUCCUGCAAAUAUGAAAUCAAAUUGCAAGCACAGGAAGCGCGUUAGAAUGAGGAGGAGAACAAUGCCUGGCUGUGUCAUAGAGUGUUUCCGGUAUACAGAAGCCCAUAACUGUUGCCCGGGUUACUUUGGGCAUUCCUGCUUUAAAUGCCCGGGGAAGAUUGACAACUGGUGCUCCAACAACGGGAAGUGCCAGGAUGGAGUUCUGGGGACCGGAGAGUGCCUGUGCAACGAGGGCUUCCACGGCACGGCGUGCGAAGACUGCGAGCCCGGGAAAUACGGCAAGGACUGCAAGUCAGUGUGCAACUGCGAGCAUGGGAUGUGCAUGGAGGGUAUAGAGGGCAGCGGAAAAUGCCUCUGCUACAAGGGCUGGAGGGGAAGCCGGUGCUCUGAGCAGAUCGUCAUGGAUGCCUGUGGGGGUGUCUGUGACCUGAAUGCGAACUGCCUCAGUGCCCAGGGGACGCCGCCUACCUGCGUCUGUAUUGCUGGCUACAAAGGGACCGGCACCGCUUGCAAAGAGAUUAAUCCUUGUGACAGUGAUAAUGGCCACUGCUCAAAGAACGCCAAUUGCACAAAGACACACCCCGGCGAAAGGAUCUGCACCUGUCGUGAAGGUUUCAGUGGAGACGGCGUGGUGUGUGAGGAAAUAGAUGGCUGUUCUGUGAACAACGGAUUUUGUGACAGCAAUGCUGAGUGUGCCAGAACCGGCCCAAACCAGGUCGCCUGUUCCUGCAAUCCUGGGUAUUCUGGAAACGGAAGAGCCUGCUAUUCAGUGAAUCCAUGUAGGACGGACAACGGUGGCUGCAGCUGGAAUGCAAGAUGUGAAUAUGUGGGUCCUGGGUUACGGAACUGUACUUGCAGAUAUAACUACAUAGGAGAUGGCAUCACCUGCAGAGGAACUGUAAAAACUGAGGUCCUACGCAAUGCUGAGUCUUCGUGGUUCAACAGAAAUUUGAUGGUUUCCAAAGUCAUGGAUCUGCUGACCAAGGGCCCGUUGACAGCUUUUGUCCCUCACACAAAUUAUACCACCAACUUUCCAAUGGAGCUCUGGAAGAACGCGAGCAGGGCAGGGGACUUGCUCAGGUACCACGUGGUGGGCUGCCAGCAGCUCCUUCUGUCAGACCUCCAGUCAGUGGGGAAAGUGGUCUCCCUCUCAGGACACGUGCUCCGCUUCUCCGUCAGAGAGGGCACUUUGUACAUCAACGGGGAUGCCAAGAUAAUUACCAGCGACUACGUAGCCUCAAAUGGAGUCAUACAUUUCAUUGAUACGGUCCUCGUCCCGUACGAUCUGAAGAACACAAGUGGGCCGGUAAAUCCAACGUUAAAUGUCACAUCAGCGGCAGAGGCGUAUGGAUAUACCACGUUCAGCAGACUUCUCCAGUCCUCCAACCUGAUGAGCAUGGUGGAGAAUUACCUGCACCAUCCCUUCACCAUGUUCUGGCCGACCAACGAGGUUUUCAGCUCUCUGUCCGAGGACAGGAAGCGGUGGUUGUACAGCGAAGAUCACCGCGACAAGCUCGCAGCGUACCUUAAAGCGCACAUCAUCCGAGACGCUGAAAUCCUGGCUGUGAAUCUACCUCAUCAAGACUCUGUCAGAACAAUGCAUGGCUCCUCUUUUUCCUUCGCCUGUGAUAAAAACAGCAUUGGGGAUAUUUUGGUUGACGAUGGAAAUGCUAGAAUCGGUGAGCGCCACCUGCAGUUCAAUGUGGGCAUUGCGUAUGGGAUCGACCAGCUGCUGGAGCCGCCCGGCAUUGGGGCGCGCUGUGACGCCUUUGCAGAGCAGAGGUCUAUGGGCAGGUGUGGAAGUUGCUUCGCGGCUCCUAUGUGUUCGUUUGGAUAUAAAAACACGGACCAAACGACCUCCUGCACGUACGGCAGGCCCUCCCCGUUCUCUCCGUACAGGCGCUAUGGCUUUUACUCCUCCAUGUCCUAUCGGAGGCAGUUCCGAGGCAUGAGGCCCGGCUGCCAGCGCACGUGCAUCAAAGUGGACUGGUCCCCCCGCUGCUGCGAGAACCACUACGGCCGAGACUGCCAGGUGUGUCCCGGGGGUCUGGAGGCGGUGUGCAGUAACAAUGGGAGAUGCCUUCAUGGUAUGGAAGGCUCCGGACGUUGUCGCUGCAGUGCUGGCUUCACGGGCACCGCCUGUGAGCUGUGUGCGGCGUUUCACUACGGCCCCAACUGCACGGGCUGUGCCUGCACUGAGCAUGGGAAGUGUGACGACGGGCUGGGGGGGGAUGGGAGCUGCUUCUGUCAGGAGGGCUGGACCGGGCCACGCUGCGAGUCCAAACUGGCAGUGAAGCCCGUCUGCUCCCCUGAAUGCCAUCAAAACGCCGUGUGCCAGCCUGAUAACGUCUGCGUGUGCGAAUCGCUAUAUGAAGGGAACGGCAGAAACUGUUCCGCUCCCGAUUUGUGCAGCGAGGAAAACGGAGGCUGCCACCAGCACGCCAACUGCUCUCAGACCGGCGUCAACGUCAACUGCACGUGUCUGUCCAAGUACGCGGGCGACGGCUACGCCUGCUCGCCCAUAGACCGAUGCGUGGAAGAGGAAAAUGGCGGCUGCAGCGACUUCGCCACCUGUCACUUCACUGGUCCGAAUGAGAGAGACUGCAAAUGCCUGCCGGGCUACGUGGGAAACGGAGUCCAGUGUUUGGAGAAGAUUGUUCCGCCUCUCGAUCGCUGCCUGGAGGAGAACGGAGGCUGUGACCCAAAUGCAGUCUGCAAGGACCUGCACUUUCACGAGAACAUGGCGGGCGUGUUCCAGCUGCGGUCGCCGCUGGGGAAGUACAAGCUGAACUACACCGCCGCUGAGGCCGCCUGCCAGGGCCAGGGCGGCGCCCUGGCCACCGUCAAACAGCUGUCCGACGCCCAGCAGCUGGGCAUGCACAUGUGCGUGGCGGGGUGGCUGGACGGGAAACAGGUGGGCUAUCCGACGAUAUUCCCCUCGGCCAAGUGCGGAGACAACCACGUGGGAAUCGUGCUCUACAAAAACCCUGUCGACCUCAGCAGCACCUACGACACGUACUGCCACAGAGUGAAAGAUGUGUCUUGUGAGUGUCGACCUGAUUAUGUCGGCAACGGGGAAUACUGCAAUGGAAACCUAGUCACUGUUGUUGCCACCAAUUCAAAUUUCUCUGUGUUCUACAAGGCACUACUGAGCUACGCAAACUCCACAAAAGACGGAGAGAGCCUGAUGAACUACCUCCUAAAGCGCUCCACGUACGUGACGCUGUUCGUUCCCGAAAAUACAGGAUUCUUUGCGAAUGAGAGUUUAUCGUGGAGGGACGUGGAGUACCACAUCUCCAUCAACAACAGUGUGCACCUCUACAGCGACAUGAAGCACGGGGGCGUCAUCCCCUCCCGUCUGGGUUACAAUCUCUCUGUAACCACGACCCUCUCGGCUGACUCACAGUCCAACAAGCUGGUGAACAAGAAGUUGAUCAUAGACUGGGAUAUCCCAGCAACCAACGGCAUCAUCCAUAUCAUUAAGGGCCCAUUGAAGGCCCCGCCCAAGCCUGUGGUGCCUGUGUCCUCGCAUUCAAAGGCCCGGUCUGGAGCUGGCACCGUCGCCUCCGUCCUCAUCGUGUUCCUGCUCAUCGCCGUCGUCGCCGGCCUGGGGUACUACUUCCUCAAACGCAAGAACAACGCUUUCAGAUUCCAGUACUUCAAGAAUGAUGAUGAAGGCGCUGGGACAGAAGGGGAUAACUCCCUGGUGUCCAUCCCAAAUCCUCUCUACACGGGCUACAGUGCUUUUGUGGAACCCUUUGGAGAUUCACCUGACGCGCAAGCAGACUCUCAGGCAGACUGUCCGGACACGCAGCGUAUCCUGGACUAGUUUAAAGAGCGUGUUUCAGACAAAUGUCCUGAAGACAAAACAAUGUGUAAGAAUGUAUUUUAGUUAUACACUAAAAAAUGUAUGUACAACUGGAAGAAUGUGAAUGAAUGCUGAAUUUGUGGGUGUUCCAAUGGGAAGGUCCCACACCCAAUUUGUUACUUUAUAAAAGCCAGUCCUGGAGGCGGUUGCACAAACUAUGUUUUCUUAAUAAAUUUUUUAGCCUCUCCAGUUAAUACUUACGGAGUAAUAACGCUUUCAUUGUAGUAUCUUACGAAGUAUUGAUACUUGCCAAUAUUUGAAUGACACACUUUAUUCAAUUUAAACAGGAAGCAUCAUGGUAGGAUUUUACAAUGUAUGACUUUUGAUUUGGAGUUAGCCGAUGUUAGGUAAUUAUUACAGCAAACUGAAAAUGUGUUAUUUUCAUUUGUUCAUUCAUUUUGCAAUAUUGACCAUAGUCAUAUCUAGUUACAUGGCUUUCUGACUGUCUGCUUAUCUACCCUUCAUACUCAGGGGCGUCUAAAUAGCUGAUCGUGGUGAUUAAAAUCUUACUAAGGGCUUACAUUUUCAGUAUGAAAUGAUGUUUACUGUGAAAAUACUCCACUGUGACAUAAUCACCAUAC